AUGGAUCAAGUCCCGGGCAAGAAACUCCAGGUAGAUGCCUCUGCCCUGGAGGCGACCUACUGCCAACCCUGCUCCCACGAUGGGGAAACCCUCCCAGCCGAGGCCUACUGUACUCAGAUAAUUUCUGAAAUUGCUAAAGCCUUCAAAGAGGGCCAGAGUUAUGAAGGCACCAAACAGGUUAUUGUCAAACUACUAAAAGACAUUGAUGCGUGUGCAUCUGAUGUUGAAGCGAACACUAAGCUCAUAAAAGACCUUGGAGAACGCGAGAUUGCUAAAAUAAGAAAUUAUCGAGAUCAGAUUAACAAAUACUUUGACGAACGUGAACAAACACUCCUUGAAACCAUUGCUCAGAUGAAAAACAUGGCUGAAAAACUCCUAAACUCACUGAAACCAAAAUGUGACAACCUUAAGACCCAGGUCGAUGAAAUUAAAGCAAAACUAGCGGCGCAAGAGAACAACAAUAGCCUGUUAUUUAUUGAGGCCCAUAUAUCCAAAAGCUUGCUGGAGGGACUCCAAUUAAGUCUUGCUGAGAUUAAGAAGAAGAAUACGAUACAACAGUAUCGGAUUAGGAAAGACCCCGCAACUGAAAGUUUGCUCGGUUCCAGGACAGGCCUAGGCACUUUCGAAGAGAUUGAUACUUCACAAAAGCUAGGUCAGAGAUGUGAGCAUUCGAGGAGGUCCACAUCACAAAGUGAAGGCGAGAAGAUACCUGCAACAUCUGAUCCUGCUUCCAACGUAAAAGCAGUUAGGAACGAGAAUACCACUACAUCUGAUGCUGCUUCCAACACACAAGCCGUUGUCGACAUCCAGGCUACCCAAACAACCAAGACGUUCUCGGCCAAUACAGUUCCAGAACCACCUUUGAAUCCUAGUGGAACGCAAAAAUCUGCAAAACCAAAACAAAAAACACAGAACAAAGUGAGCAAUGACCUGACCAGCCUGAAGUUCACAUCAACCUAUGACAUCCUAGUCGGGUCUUCAUCUGACACUAAGAACUGCUCGCUGAACGGCAUUCUCCUCCUGUCUGGGGACAGGCUGUUACUGAGUGACAGUUCAAAUGAAACAUUGAAAAUCGUAGACCUCAAGACAAGCAGUCUAAUGACCGAAGUCAGUGUACCAGGCAGACCAUGGGGCAUGUGUCACAUCCCUGGGGACAUGGUGGCUGUAAGUGUUACUUAUAGUAUUCAGUUCUUGGAGACACGGGGGAAACUCAUCCUCGGGAAGAACAUCAAGGUGGAUGAUGAUUGUCGUGGUGUUGGUUACCACAACGGUAGUUUAAUUAUUUCAUUUAACGGCGGGAAACUUCAGAAGAUUGAUAUGGAAGGGAAAGUGUUGAAAAAAAUGUCAAAUAUGUCGUUUAAAACCCCUUGGUACUUGAAAAUAGUCGGUGACGAUCAGACAGCAGCCAUAUAUGUGUCCGACUUUACGAAGUUCGAAAUCACUAAGUUGGACAUUAACUUGAACAUUCUCGAAACAUUCAAGCACCUCGCACUACGUGCACCAACAGCUAUCACUGUAGUGGGAAACCAGCUGAUCAUUUGUGGUUGGGCUAGUGACAAUAUAAUUAGCCUGGACCUGCCCAGUAGCAAGAUGACCCAGCUACUGGGGAAGGAGGAAGGGAUAGCGGCCCCAUCCUGUGUCUGCUACAGUGAGCAGCAGAACAAGAUGUAUGUUGCUUUCUGGACCAGUGGGAAUGCCGACAAUUAUGUUAAGGUGUAUGAUACAACACCAAAAUUGAAGUAGACAUAUUUUCUUUGAAUUAGCAACGGGGUCAAGUUAACAACUAUGCACUUACAUUUCAACAAAACUACAGAAUGUUUGUUCGUUUACAUACAUAUGUAUGUUUCUGUGAUUGUUGUGAACAUUAUAAUAGUAUGUUGUUAAGAGAUAUUAUCACUACUUUUACUAUUAUUAUUAUUUUUAUUAGCCCAUUGGCUACAUUAUGGCUUGACCCCGCCGUGACGCCAUAACGACUUAAAUUGUUUUUAAAUGCCAUGAGUGACAUGAGAUAGAAGUGACAGCAAUUCGCAGUCAAAUCCAGACAUUGGAAGACUUGAUGAAACAGAAUGAGAUACAAGAGAUCCGGGUGCGAAGAGACUUCUUGGUUCUUUAAGGUGCUCGGUGUAAAGCACCAAUACAAGGGAUACAACUUUGAACCAUUAUUGAGAACACCACUUUUCCGAGCCCUUUAAAUGCUGAGCGCCAGGCAAGGGCGCUACGUGUACCAACUUUUAACUUUUUUUGGUUUGACGCGGCCAGGGAUCGAACCCACGACCUCCCGCUCCAUAGGCGGAUGCCACAACCACUUGGUCACGGAUACGGUUAAUCUCCUUUGUGAAGAGCUAUCGCCAUAUUUAACAAUAUCUUACCUAAAACGAUGUGUAAGCCGUGAUCUCAUUAGAUUAUUUUAAACCGAUAUUACAUCUACAUCCGUAACUUCUCAGCCAUUUCCUCACACCAUGAGGUGUGUCUCGUACGACCAAUCAAGUGGCUGGAUUUCACCUUAUUAAUUAUUCAUGAGUACGAUAUUUUUACAGCUGUUUUGCCCAGGGUAUCAUGAUAGGCUAUGAUAUGCUGUAUCCCCUUUUCUUAUGCCACUCUAGCGCCCAAACCUGGAUACACCCAUAGUAAAAACAUAUAUUAAAUACUAACGAACGAAAUAAAUGUUUCAGAAAACUUUAUUAACAUACAAAUUGAAAUAUGAAAGAACAUGUAAGUACAAUAAGUAAAAGCUCUAAUAUGUACAACCAUUAUGAAAAUCAACUGGCAAAUAUGUAAUAGCACAUACAUGUUGAUAAACGAACGAAACAACAGAUAACAGUUUAUUAAACUUUAACAUUCCUACAUAAUUCAUGAAACUGUUUGCAUGGAUAUAACCUGUAUUGAUCAACAUAGUUUCUUAUGAUGAAACAAAUAUGAAAAUAUGUGUUCAGUUUUAAUAAUCUACAGCUUUCAAAUGGAUUACAAUGCAUUAGAUUGCUAUACAAUGUAAAUGUAUAAAUGAGAUGGUGGUUACAAACAUGUAAAUUACUUAUGGAACGAGAGCAGUGUUUAGGUAGUGAUUUUGAUAAAGAUAUUUGGAAUUACAGUAUAAAGGCAAUAAUCAAAAUAAUCUCUGGGUUUCAGGUCAAAGACUUACAUUCUUUGUUUAAAAAUAUCCAAACUCUACUUACAGAUUAUACAAAAAAAACGAAUUACACUAUCUAUUGAAUUAGAUGUGUAUUUAUAUUAUAAUAUAUACAUAUUUAAAUGAAAAAAGAAAUGAAUCAAUUAAAUGUACUUUUCGACUCAUUUUACACUUAGUAAUAUUACCCUUAUUCAAAAUAAUGAAAUCACUCAUUUGGAACACCUCAACCACUUUUCAUUGAAAACAACCGCGGAUGUAUGCCCGUAUAACAGUAAAGACAGUGAAAAGUGGAAUAAAAGAGAAUAUAUAAAAACAAAAUCGCUGUAGUAUUUUAACGUGUAUUUUGUAUUACUAAGUUUAAAAUGAUUGCCAGUGAAGUGUAUAAUUGCAUGAAUAAUUAAGAUUCCAAAGAGUCAUUUAUAUUAACUGCUUAAUUGGAAUUACUACGCAAUCUAUUUGCAGUGCAGUUAAAUGUAAAGAUUUCUGACAUUGUAAACCGUCCAUAUACAUCGGAGGUUGUUUUCGAUGUAAAUUUUGGAGGUUUUCCAAAUGUGAUAUCGCUAUGCUAGAAUCUGGAAAUGAAUUGGCCAUGUAGCAAUUUUAUUUUGGUAUAGGCCUGGCGGCUUAAAACAGUAUCCGCGUAAAAAUGUCAAUAAUAAAAUGUAGCAGAAAAAAUAAUGGUUUUAUCUGGU